AGUUAGAUCUACAUACUGUUUUUUUUUUAUUUGUUAAUAUUGUAAGCUUUGUGGUUUCUUUGUCGUUCUUACUAUCAAAAAAAUUUCAUUGCAAGUUGAAAAGAAACAGAAUGAGAGAGGGGACAAACAAGACACACAAGCAAGUAAUGAGAAAGCAAUAAGAUUAUACAAACACGAGUUCAAAUGGAUAAUAAAAUUAGACAUGUCGAAUAGUAUCAUACAUAAGUCAAUAAGUUAAACAUCUAGACUACCUAUCAAUGAUAUUAAAAUUUUAAUGAUAGAUGACGGUUCCUAAAAGUCAAGGCAAACAACUGCUAAUUUGUCCUCACGAUACACACAGAAGAUGUGAACAUUUCGUUCCAAAGAGAGUGUGCGUCAACAUAACAUUUAUAUAGAUAUAGCCAUAUACGUUGAAUCAGUGUAAUAAUGGGUUCAACCAUACUAAUAGUUCCACCUAGGAAAAUCAACUUGUUAACUAAUAAUUGAUUAGCCUUCUUAAUCCCAAUUCUAAAUCCUUGCAAGUCCUAAUUUGCCAGUACGGCAGGUUGGGAUUAGGCAGCUGGACAGGUCAGAAGACAGAUAGAGCUCCCCCCAGGUAUUGUCUGUCACUCUGUCUUGUCUGCACACUACAAUUUGACUUUUUGGCGUUUAACCUCCUUUACUUAUUCAAUCAUUUAGUCCCCAAUCACUUGUCAUUUCCAAACCACCAACGAAUCACACUUCUCUAACGUUGAUAAUCGAAAUCACAGCGGAGCUGCAAACAAAUCCUUACAUAGGUGAAAUUGCAUCAGCGAUCAAUUUGGUGAGACUAUAACUAUUCAAAAUAUAUUAGAAGUAUAAUAACAAAAAAAAAAUCGAUAAAAUUACACAAACUUUAUCACUUAGCUUUCAUAAAUACGACUAGCGGGCCUACUGUUGUCCAUUUUUAUCCGAUUAAAGCUGAGGGCCCAGCAGCCACUUCAUUUUUAGGUGUGUUUUGUUUGGGCUUCGGUCAUGGUCCAGCCUAGCUGGAAUUUAAGGGAAGGUUGCGUGAUUUUGGCCCACAAAAAGGAAGGCGGUAACUGACCAACUUCUGGGCCGGGAAGUGGGGACUUGGGAAGCAAUUUUAGAUGAGAUGAGGGACUAGUUUGGACUUUUCCCUAAUAAAAGGCGGGUAAAACCAAGUGGGCCCGCAAUUUUCGUCGUUACCCUCGAGUGGAAAAACCUGAGCGUGGUCUCCGCUUAGGAGCUCUUAUCAAAAGCCACCUUGCUUAUCAUGUGCGCUUAUCGUGUAGCGUGCAUCAGCUCAUAUAUAAAUACCAUCACACACUCCGCCACACUGGAGAGAGAGAGAGAGAGAAAGUGCUGGUCCGAGAAAGUAAAGACUAAAGAAGCAGAGCCAACGAGAGCAACACUGUGUUUGCGCUUCCUUUUUUUUUUGUUUUGUUUCCGAAGCAGAAAUCGAAACGGCGAUCGCAGAGCUCUUCAGUUCCUGCCUCACUUCAUCAACGCGGAAUCGGUCAAUAAUCAGGUAACCAAUUGUCGAUCCUUUUCUCUUUUGCGUAUCUGGCGAUUUCAUUUCUUGUUAAUCCUUCGUCUCCAGUGAUCGGAACUCAGUUGCUUAGUGUUAUCGCUCUGACUGAACGCAACUGAUCAAAUUCUUUCCGUUCGUCGAUGAAUCGGACGACUGAAUUCUACUAUCUGGAAUUCUCUUCUUCCCUGAUGAUGAAAGGAAGGAGGAUGGAGGGGGGGAAAACUAGUAUCAGCUGACGAUUGGAUGGUUAUUGGAUUGAUUUUCUCUAAUAUGAUGUUUUCUUAUCUGAAUUCUAGGGUCUCCGUUUGAGGAGGAUGACGACUCUCGGUAAGGAGCUGGUCUUCUUGAUCCUGCAGUUCCUUGAAGAAGAAGGUUUUAAAGAGGCUGCUCGAGUGCUCGAGCGGAGUAGCGGUUAUUUCUUCAAUAUGGAGCAUUUUGAGGAAUUGGUUCUAAAGGGGGACUGGGUUGGGGCUGAGAAGUAUCUUUCUGGGUUCACUAAGUUUGAGGAUAAUAAGUACUCGACCAAGAUCUAUUUUGAAAUGAGGAAGCAGAAUUUCCUCGAGUCAUUAGAUAACAAUGAUAGAGCCAAGGCAUUAGACAUCCUCUUCAAUGAUUUGAAAGUUUUUUCCUCGGAUAACAAGGAAUUGUACAACGAGAUGACACAGCUCUUGACCUUAAACAAUAUAAGGGAACAUGUGUCACUCUCAAUGUAUGGUGAUACUGAAACUGCAAGAACAAUUGUGGUGCAAGAACUCAAGAAAAUCAUCAGGGCGAAUCCCAUUUUUCAUGGAAAAGUGGAUUUUCCCAGCAUCAGAACUCAAAGGUUACGGCGUCUUAUUAACCAAAGCUUGAAUUGGCAGCAUUUACAAUGUAAAGAUCCCCAGCCAAAUCCUGAUAUAAGAACCCUUUUUGUGGAUCAUGUUUGUACACCUCCGCAUGAACAUAUUCCUUUCUUGUUGAAUGCUGUUAUUCCUAAGUGUGCAUCUGCCAGUGUGACAUCAACUGUUACUAACUCUGGGAUCUCUGGUGCCACCCUUUGCCCUGUGGCCACCACGGAUCAUCUUGAGACAGACGCUGCAUCCCAAAAAUCAUCAUAUCUCACAGCUGAUAGGGACACACAAAACGUUACUCCCUCUGGUCAAAGUUCUGUGGUUUCUCCUGUUGAUUUGCGUGAGAAUCAUACAGGAAACUCUGUGCUUGGGAGUCAUCGACUGACAAGCAUCACUGACUUUCCAAAGAAGGUCGUGAAAAUAUUGACCGAGGACUCAUCUCAAACAAGCAUGGACUUCCAUCCUGCUCAGCAUACUCUUCUACUAGUUGGAACUAGCACGGGAGACAUAAGUUUGUGGGAGGUCGCUUCUGGUCAAAAGUUGUUUGGAGGGAAUUUCAAGGUUUGGGAUAUAAGUGCAUGCACAAUGGCAUUCAAGACUGCUCUGCUUAAAGAUCCGCGAAUGUCUGUCAACCGCGCUGCUUGGAGUCCUGAUGGCUCUAUUUUUGGUGUUGCAUAUUCAAAACACAUAGUACAGAUGUAUGCUUACCAUGGUGGCAACGACGUGCGGCAGCAACUGGAAAUCGAUGCUCAUGUUGGUGGUGUCAAUGAUCUUGCAUUUGCUGCCCCUCAUAAACAACUUUUAGUCAUAACAUGUGGUGACGAUGGAGCAAUUCAGGCAUGGGACAUGACCACUGGCGGUAGAAUCUAUAAAUUUGAAGGCCACAAUGCAUCAGUUUAUUCACUCUGCCCCCGCACCAAGAACAACAUUCAUUUCUUCUUUUCCACUUCAGUGGAUGGAAACAUAAAAGCAUGGCUCUAUGAUGAUUUGGGACCUAGAGUUGAUUAUGAUGCUCCUGGUCGGGCUAGGACAUCAAUGGCUUACACUUCUGAUGGUCAAAGGCUUCUUUCUUGUGGAACCAGUAGUUCUGGAGAGUCAUUCCUUGUUGAAUGGGAUGAAAGUGAAGGUGCUAUCAAAAGAAGCUACCAAGGAUUGCAGAAGAGUUCUGCAGGUGCAGUUAAGUUUGAUAUAUUGAAGAACCAGUUUGUGGCUGCUGGGGAAGAAAAUGUAAUCAAGGUUUGGAAUUUGGACAAUGAUGAUGUUUUGACAACUAUUGAUGCCGAGGGAGGCUUGCCUGAAAACCCACAAAUACGGUUCAAUAAGGAUGGAACCCUCUUGGCUGUUUAUGCAAAAGAAAACAAAAUCAAGGUCUUGGCAAGUGAUAGUGGUCUUCAGUUGCUUGGUAUAUGUGGAAGUGGUUCUCAAGGGUCUUCCAGAGUGGUUGGGGAGGAAGGAGACACAGUAAACAGGGAGGCUUUGAAUUUGAACCUUACUGAGGAAGAUAAUACAGGAAAAAGUAGGAAACCUUUUGAAUCCUACAGACGUUCUCAAUGCCAAAGCUUGUUGCUGCCUUCUCAUGUGAACGUAGAGAAGAUAUCAAGGUUGAUUUAUGGGAGUGCAGGUAAUGCUGUUUUGGCAUUAGCAUCAAAUGGGAUUCAUUUGUUAUGGAAAUGGCCAGUUAAUGUUCUCAAUUUGACCGGGCAGGCAACUGCCAAAGUUCCUCCUGAACUAGUGAAACGAAGGAACUCCUCAACAACACUGAUGAAAAACGAACUUACUGCAAACCCUGAGGCUAUCCCAUGUUUUGCUUUGUCAAAGAAUGAUUGCUAUCUCAUAUCAUCAUCAGGAGGGAAAAUUUCCCUUUUCAACGUGCUAACAUUCAAGACUAUGGUGUCUAUCACGCCUCCAUCCUCAGCAGCUACAUGUCUUGCAUUCCACCCAAUAGAUAACAACAUUGUUGCCAUAGGGAGGGCUGAUUCCACAAUUCUUACCUACAACGUCCGUCUCAACAAGACUGUUAGUGUACUGUCUGGUCAUACUGGAAGGAUCUCGGGGCUUGCCUUUUCAAAUACUCUGAACAUGCUGGUGUCUACUGGAGCAGAUGCUCAGAUUAUUGUAUGGGAUGCUGAAAACUUUGCAAGACAAGGAAGCAGAAGAUUGCUGGAGUUUCCAGAUGGAGUGGAGUCAGAUACCAGUGUCCAAUUUCACCCUGACCAGACACAACUCCUUGUAGUACACAAGUCCUAUAUGGGAGUCCUGUCGGCCCACAACUUAGAAUGUGAUGCGAAGUGGAUUCCUGGAGAUUCCACCGCAAUUUCUGGGGCUACAUUUUCAUGUGACGGCCACAAAGUAUACGCUGGCUUUAUGGAUGGGACUGUGGGCAUAUUUGCUUCGUCAUCUCUCCAGUUGUUUUGUCAGAUUGCUCUUCACACUAUUCUUCCUUCUAGUUCAAGCUUGGAUGUUUAUCCUGCCUCCAUUGCAGCUCACCCGCAAAAGCCAAACCAGUUUGCAGUGGGACUAACAAGUGGUGAAGUCGUGGUGAUUGAGCCUCCAGGUCCAGGUACUGAAUGGUGGGUGGAUUGUUCAGACGAUGCGGUUUGAGAAAGAAGCCAACUUCGUAGAACUCUCCCUUUCAUGUGUUAGACAAGAGAUCAGUUAUCUUGGUUAUUUGGCUUGCUUGGUAUAACCCACGGAGGGUGAUGAUUUGAGCUUUGUAACCAUAUCUUGUGGUCAUUUUGGUCCCAACUUCCUUCAUUUGCUUAGGCGGAUUUGCGUUAGUUGAUUUAUUCUUCUUCUUCUCCUCCUCUAGUUGAAGACUGGGGCGAACCAACGCUUGUAGAUAAAAUAAGCACGCGCAAACAAU